AUGAAGGCCAACAACAUUUCCGAGCACCUAGCCACGAGGUUUUUCCCGACCUUUUUCCCAUCCGGUUCAACUGCAGCAGGGUCCCCCUGGAGUGACGUUUUCCACAGUAGUAGCACUGCAAUUAACCACGACGAGGAUCUUCACGGGCUUACACUACGCGACUGGUACCACGAGGAAAUAGUAUUAAAGCCCAACCACAGAAAGACUGCAUUUUUCACCAAGCUGCACCGGCAUGAUCGAGCUGGCAUAAAAACUGCCUCAUCUUCCACUUCUUUCGCCGCACUGAACCCAGCAGCAUUGUUGAAGAACAUCAAGGACGUCUUCGUCUCUUCCUCGAAUCAGGAGGAAGAUUGCCUGGAACACUGCCUCGGGAAAGAAUCGGAAGCCCGCCCGAACUGCAGUCGGUGCGACGGAAUCCAGGCGAGACAGGACGAGAAGCUCGGGCCGGGGGAGCCCGAGAUGGAAGCGGUGGAUACGGAACUAGAACCCCCACCGGAGCAGCCGGUGGAGGAACCUGUAGAAGAAACGGGCGGGAACAAUCCAGAAGAAGGAGGAAAUACACCGAAAGGCGACCCGGAGGACAACGAACUAGCCACUUCCCCACCUUUAUCGCCACCAACUGACCACACCAGCCUGUUCAAGUGCUUCGCGAACGCGUAUCUGGAACGCGGUCCGGUGAAACAAUUCAAGUGGGACUAUGAUCAAAACAACUGCAAAUCCAUGAACAACCACAACUAUGCAUUGCAAAUAUGUCUGACUCUGAAUUUGUGAUGCGAAUUUGGAAGGGCAGAGGGAUCUGUAAUGCAUGAAUGCGAUGGGCCAGCUUUUUUGUCGUGCUGGACGCCAAUUUGUGAUGCGUUUUACGAAUGAAUAUGCAAUGAGCCUCGCAAAAUUUCUGAUGCUGUUAUGCCGUAAAUGUGGCUACUCUGCAAUGCAAGCUUCAGCAACACAAGUUUCCAGACCCAGACAUAAUUGCAAUGCAUAACAACCUGCAGUCCGAUUGUGCGGUUAUUGAAAGGACGAACGCGGAGAAACUGUGCGCGACCAUAUCCUGAGCAAAUAAAACGUCCCCACCCCAUAGUCAACGAUUGGUACAUCUGCAACACAAAUCUCCAAGUUUUGGAAGUCACGCAUGACAAGUUUCAGUGCGUAGUGUGGUGCAUGUUUGUCGAAGGACAGCCGCAUCAGAAACCCAUCCGCUUAUCCUGUUUACAGCAUUACAAAUAUAUGCGAAUUAUACACGUCGACUAGACAUGCCUCAUCUUAUAGGGAUGCGGAUUACAAAUAUUCCUGUAGAGGCAAAACCGCAUGACAGCUCUAGGGUGGGGACGUUUUUACUCAGAAUAGAACACGCCUUUAUGCGGGGGAAUUACCGGGAAGGACGGGAUUUGGUAUUUGCGGGAUGGAAGGGGAAAAGUGCGGGAGUUUUCCGCCCCCGUCGGGGAGAAUGCGAGGCUGGGGAACGGGAGUUUCAACUACUGCUUGAAAAAGAGUUUGGUGGAGGAGAAGAAGCCACACGCGGAAUUCCCGUGGCUCGGAAUGAACGACUUUGCGGUGGAAGGAUAAAGUUAAAGAUGAAACACGUAUUGAUUUGUCGUGUUGCACAACAGCUCUACGGUGUGCGGAACGAGUUGUGACCUUGUUUUCCGUGUAUCUGUACUUUUAUGGCCAUUGCGCACAACUUCAAGUUCAACCCACACCAGCAGUAACUCACAACUUCGUACCGACGUCGAGUCUACGGUGUUCUGACAGAGUACUAGCACUCGUUGUGGCAAGAGUGGUAAACGAGCCUACGAGCUGCGAAAAAUUUUCGGUUUACAGAACGUCAUUCGGUUUAUUUCUUGGGCACAGGCAAAAGCAGAUCGGUUCAGCUCCUCGCGUUUUUUGUUUACUGCAGUUCUUUGCCUGAAGCUUUUGGUAGCAUACGAGACCACACGCAGAAGUACUUUUCUAGCUGCAGUCGAAUCGGUAUCGAACAGUCUUCCAAUCUAACUGCACCCACGAGGGAUCCUAAAGCGCCUGUCAAUCUGAAUCGUAUCAACCACGACCAACUCUCCAGGAGCUUCCCGUGAUAAUGCAGCUCUACCCGUAGGUUUAUAUUCGUAAACACUGGUGACCCGUAAGUAGGUACAAACGGGAAUAGUAAGGGCUGUCUCGCUCGGAUAGUUGUUGACCAACGUCGUCUACUGGAAAAUCCACCCAAAAAAUGCAGUACCUCCUCUUCGCAGCCCUGUACGGGGUCUGGAACUUGGUCCAACUCGUCGUGGGGGUUUUUAUCGCCAAACGAGUUGGCGCCCACUUGAACAACACCUCAGAACACUCCCUGCGGUUAGCAAGAUAGAGUGCGAGUUUCACACGUACUUUCUUUCCAUUUUCUCACAUAGCAAAUCGAGGGGACAGCGUGAAGAUGGUACGGCUUUUCUUUUCGAGUGUGCUAUGAUCUAUUAAGUGCCUAGAAGUAGUCGCAGCCCUUACUUGUCUCGCGGCAGUUGUUGCGGACAGAGGGUAAGAACAGUCGCGACGAACAGACUGCAAUAUUUUGAAAUCGUAUGAUGUGCAGCAGUGAAGACUAAGAAAGAGAAAUCGCUGUGAUGUUGAAUACUUCAGUGAACAACAUCGCUUGUCGUGUAUAAGGGACGGUAGGCCUGCGCCUGCAUCAAUUUCUUGAGGAACUACUUCUAAGUCCUGCAGAUUGUCGUGGUGCUAACCAAGUGCCAUCGCUAUCAGACUUCUGUCGUGUUCGCACUAUUUCAACACUCAUCGUCAGUAAUCAGUGGGGGAGAAAAAGAAACUUGAAUCGUGG